GAAUCCAUCUGUGCCUCACUAGGAAUGAGCCUUUUGUGUGCUGGGAAUGUGAUUGCCUUGCAAAAUUCCACCUGAUCUGGGUGAUGAGUUUCUACAGGAACAGCACUGAGGAUGGAUUGGAAAGGAAGAUCCCCUAAAAGGGGAGCUCCUGCUUCGUGCCCUACAGCCAGAAGAGGGUUAACAAGGCACACAGCUCCUGUGCAGGCAGCGUGUGUACUUGGCAGUGAGAGAUGUGCUACAGAGUGAGAGGAGGAGUGGAGCAGCUCUCGGCUCUGUUUGCUGCCUGUCACUGACCUCACAUCUCUGGAGCUGGUGUCCUGUUCACAGCGAAGGGUCCCCUCCUCCUGAGCCCGUAUCCUGCCUCUCUGGAUGGGGAUCUUCCCUUCGCAUGGUGGCGUCUGACUCUGGCUGCUGCUGUGAGAUGCUGGUGCUGGCUGGCUGAUGAAUGAGUGCCCCUCCGAGCAGAGCCAGCUCCACGCCGCUCCAUACUUGCUUCGUCUCUUGAGAAGACCACAGCUGAGUUUCCCAGCACAGCCCCAGGAGGUUUUUUCCUGAACCAACGUUAGGCAAAGAGGACAGAAAGCAAAGGAAAAAACAAAACAAACAAACCUGAAAGUGAGCCAAGCUGUUGCAAGCAACCCUUGUGUUGGUGCUAAACCUACUGCUUUGAGAGCCGGGGCAGGGGAGGGACCUUGUUUUGCAGAGAGGGGAAGGACAAAAGAAACUUGAAACUGGCUUCCCUUGUGGCAUGUCUGUCCUGAGCACCCCUGCCUGUUAAAUGAAAGCACCUGAGCACCAGGAGGCUUCCUGCGAGAGAGGGAGGGCGAGAGCUGGACUGCGGGAGGGAGGGGAAGGGCGAGCUGUGGUUUUUGCGGUGUGGUUUACACGGAGAUCAGAGCUAGCGUGCCUGGGGGUGGGAGCAGGAGGAGAAAGGGCAUCUGAUGCCAGCCGCCAACAUGACAGAAACCCUGCAGCUCCCUGCACUGCAAGUCCCAGAGCAGCAGGUGGUGGAGGGCGGCCGUGCCUGGUCCAGUUCGUCCACCCCCACCCUGCGCAGGAAGCGCUUCAAGAUGAGGCGGAUGAAGAAUGUGCAGGAGCAGAGCCUGGAGGCCAGCAGGUAUCAGGAUUCUCCUUCCUCCAGCAAGGAAUACCUGCAGCUCCCCUCCAUUGAGAUCACCCCGUCCAGUGACGAGGACACCCCCUGGUCCAACUGCUCCACACCCAGUGCCUCCCCGCGGCGCAAGCGCUUCCUCCUCCGGAGGUGGCUGCGUGUGAGAGAGAAGAAGGAGUACAGUGAGAGCAGGGAAACAGACCUGUACGACUCCUGUGCAGCGGAGGCUGAAGCAUUUUGUCUAGUGGUUCCUCCACCAAGCCCUGCACGCAGUCAGCAGAGCAGCCAGCAAAGCAGCCACGAUGAUGACUCGUCUCGAUUCCUGAGCCCUCAUAUGCGUGACGACAGUACUGCCAGUAACUCAAACCGCAGCACGCCUGCCUGCUCCCCCAUCCUGCGCAAACGCUCUCGGUCCCCAACACCGCAGGACUCCCAAGGAGACACCAUGGUGGAAAAAGGCUCAGACCACUCAUCAGACAAAUCCCCUUCCACGCCAGAGCAGGGUGUACAGCGGAGCUGUUCCUCUCAGUCAGGCCGCAGUGGGGCCAAGAACUCCAAGAAAAGCCAGAGUUGGUAUAAUGCGCUCUGUUAUUUGCAGGUGUUGAGUCCAACCUACAAACAACGGAAUGAAGAUUUCAGGAAACUCUUCAAGCAUCUACCCGACACGGAGCGUCUCAUUGUAGAUUACUCAUGUGCACUACAAAGAGACAUUCUCCUGCAGGGCCGCCUCUACCUCUCUGAAAACUGGAUCUGCUUUUACAGCAACAUCUUCCGCUGGGAGACAUUGCUGACAGUUCGCUUGAAGGAUAUCUGCUCGAUGACCAAGGAAAAAACAGCACGGCUCAUUCCUAAUGCCAUCCAAGUUUGCACUGACACUGAAAAGCACUUUUUUACUUCCUUCGGGGCUCGAGACAGGACGUACAUGAUGAUGUUCAGACUCUGGCAGAACGCUCUCCUUGACAAGCCUCUCUGUCCAAAGGAGCUCUGGCACUUUGUCCACCAGUGUUAUGGGAACGAGCUAGGUCUGACCAGCGAUGAUGAAGAUUAUGUGCCUCCUGAUGAUGACUUCAACACAAUGGGCUACUGUGAAGAAAUCCCUGUGGAAGAGAAUGAAGUCAAUGACAGCUCCUCAAAGAGCAGCAUGGAGGCCAAGCCAGAAGCUAGCCCUCAGCUGCCAAAGAAAUCUGUCACUGCCAGCACGUUGACAUCUACAGGAAGCAGUGAAGCACCAGCCUCGUUUGAUGGGGUGCUACCAGAAGAGGAGGAGGCAGUAGCAGAGAGUCCUGUGGAAAAAGACCUCGGCAUUGCAAAUAUCAUGGGAGAAAAGAUAGAGAUCAUUGCUCCCGUGAACUCCCCUUCCCUGGACUUCAAUGACAAUGAAGACAUUCCCACGGAGCUCAGCGACUCUUCUGAGACCCAUGAUGAAGGUGAAGUCCAGGCCUUUUACGAGGAUUUGAAUGGCCGUCAGUACGUGAACGAAGUGUUCAACUUCAGCGUGGACAAACUGUACGACUUGCUUUUCACGGACUCUCAGUUCCAGAGAGACUUCAUGGAACAGCGUCGGUUCUCUGAUAUUAUCUUUCAUCCUUGGAAGAAGGAGGAAAAUGGCAAUCAGACCAGAGUGAUCCUCUAUACCAUUACCCUCACCAACCCCUUGGCCCCCAAAACUGCCACUGUCACUGAGACGCAGACAAUGUACAAAGCCAGCCAAGAAAGCGAGUGCUACGUCAUAGAUGCAGAGGUGCUAACUCACGAUGUCCCCUACCACGAUUAUUUCUACACCAUUAACCGCUACACGUUGACUCGUGUUGCCAGAAACAAAAGCCGACUCAGGGUUUCCACAGAACUACGUUACAGAAAACAGCCGUGGGGGCUGGUGAAAUCCUUCAUCGAGAAAAAUUUCUGGAGCGGCCUAGAAGAUUACUUCCGUCAUUUGGAAAGUGAACUGACCAAAACCGAGAGCACAUACCUGGCCGAGGUCCACCGACAAUCCCCCAAAGAGAAAGUGAGCAAGCAAUCAACCGUCCGCCGGCGGAAACGGGCCCAUGCCCACCUACGGGUGCCACACUUGGAGGAGGUGCUGAGUCCCGUCACCACCCCCACGGACGAGGAGGUUGCUCACCGAAUCAAGCAUGUGGCAGGUUCCACUCAGACACGGCACAUCCCUGAGGAGAGCCCCAGUGGCUUCCACCUGCAGAGUGUCUCCAAGCUGCUCCUCGUCAUCAGUUUUGUGAUCUGUUUCAGUCUGGUGUUGCUGGUCAUUCUCAAUAUGAUGCUGUUCUACAAACUCUGGAUGUUGGAGUACACUACCCAGACGCUCACAGCAUGGCAGGGCUUGCGGCUCCAGGAGAGGUCAGGAGCUGGCUGGGCAGGGCAGAUGCAAGCCCUCAAGCCCUGGACAGGAGGAUCCCCAGGCCUGGCUGCCCAGAGCUGCCACACAGGGCCACAGGCAGGUGACCGCAGCGUGCCUGGCAGGUUACCCCAAUCUCAGACAGAAUGGGCCCAGUUACUAGAAUCUCAGCAGAAGUAUCAUGACUCAGAGCUACAAAAAUGGCGCGAGAUCAUCAAAUCCUCCGUGAUGCUUCUAGACCAGAUGAAGGAUUCACUAAUAAAUCUCCAGAAUGGCAUCGGGUCCCGGGACUUCGGGUCAGAUCCAGAAGAGAAACGGAAACGUUUCCACUAACAGGCAGGAAUGCAGGAGGCCAGAGGACGGUGUGCAAUAUGUGUAAAUAGGAUAUAUAAAUAUAUAUAUAAAUAUAUAUAUAUACAGAAUAUAAAUAUAUAUAUUAUAUACAGAUUUUAAGAGAAAAAAAAAAGCCUACGUAUCGCGAGGAAGGACUGACCUCCAAACACUGGUUGAAAUGGAGCGUCUCGGUGGUAGUGUGGGGUGUGCGUGUGUGUGCGUGUGGGAGGGCUGUGCUCUCCUGGCACUGAGGUGCGCUUAGGGAUGCACCCUGUGUGCUACCCUGGGCUUUUGCACCACUCUUCUGUAAUACUCCUGGCUGUCUGUUCGUCUGUCUGUCUGUUUUGUUUUUGUUGUUUCAAAGGGAAGCAUCAGAGCGAAUGCCCCUCCCCUCCCUGCGCAUGAAGGUCCCUGACUGACUCUGUGUAUCUACACGUAUAAAGGGAACACUGUCAACUUCUUACCUUGCUGGCUUCAGGACAGAGAGGUUUUGGCAAUCACCAUCAAUCCCUCACAAAACUACUCCGUGUUUGGAGAGGAGGCCUCCAGAGGAAUUGCUCUAGGUCUGUGGAGAGCAGGUCUCACUGGCAAUCAGCCUUAUGGCUCUUGGAGCAGAAAUGCAAUUUGCUGUCGUGCUGGUCAGCCUGGUUCGGAGAGCAAAGCACAGAAUGUAAAUAAGCCUGAAAAGCUUUCUCCAAACACCUAGUUUGCCUCCUCCUGCUAUUGAUACUGCAUUAAUUGCCAAGGAGAUGGUGGGAAGGGGGAGAAUCUGCCCCCAUGGUGCUCAGAUGGAGGAGAGCCACGCUGCAGAAAGCACACUUCCAUCUGUUUUGACAGUGUCCCCUUUACGUUUUCUGUGGUUCUCUGCUUUUUGUGUGCUUGGGCCCCUGCCAUUAAGCCAUCCCUGUGCUGAAGAUCUACAUCGGUGCUGAUAAGGGCUGUCUGUGUGACUUCUCACAACAGGGGGAGUGCCCCAACUUAAAAAACAAAAUCAAAACGAGUAUUUCUAUGCGAGCCCUCCUUUCUGCCAAACCACGUGCUAUUAGCACAGUGUGGAGUGGGAAAGCUAAGGGAACUUAGCAGAACCACUCCUGCCAUCCUGCUUAGCAAGUUUACCUCUUGCUCCUAGUCUGAGAGACCACUUUGCUCAUACCUCUUAGCCCUGACUUUUACUUCUAAUCCAUGUGGGAAAGCAUUAGGUAGAAAAGAAAAAUAUCCUUUCCUUUAGCAAUGACAACAAAAGAACACCUUUGCUUUGGAUCCUUAUGGGCAAGCUAUAACAGCAAAGCCUUCAUCAGUCCUCAUAGAGGUUAGGAAGAGUCACAGGGACCAAAAAAGAAAAGAAAAAAGGGACUAAAAAGGGACUGUUAGGGGGUGCAGGACAGACUGGGGGAUGUCCACACUGUAAGGCAUCUGACUGGGCUGUCUCCUAAGCUGCACAGCAAUGCAUCUGUUCUCUAAGCAAGUCAGGUGGUAGAGCUGCAUUAAAGACAUUGUGUGUUUUUACUACUUGUGGGGGAUAAUUCCAGAUUCCCUUUAGCAGCCAAAUCAGAAAGAAUGGCAGAGAGAUUGUGAUGUGCAGUGUAAAGAAGCCACUGUGAGUGGGUGGGAUGCAGGGUGCUUGAGUGGCUGAUUAAUAAAUGCUUUCUCAUCUUACCUGGCUAGGUAGAUUAGGUGGUAUGGGAGACCCUGAGUCUUCAUCAUUACUCAACACCAGGAUUUUUCCACCUUCUAAAUGGCAGGAAGGACUCAGCCGCAUAUUCCCCACAUGCAGAUGGUGCGGUUCUAGCUCGUCCACUGUCUUUUGCUCUAAUUGGCACUGAAAGAGCAGGGGACAUAAGGGUGAGUAACUGGUUUAUGUAUCUUUGUACCAGAAACACUGAUCCACACAGCUGGGGAAGAAAACGAGUCUAAGGAAAACCCUUACAAGCUCCCUCAGCCCAACCAGGGAAAGGUACCAUUGGCAGAAGUAACCCACUGAUUUCUCCCAGCCUGCCUAAGAUUUUUCAUGACCAAAUUCUAAACACGUCCCACGGACGAAGACUCACAGUUGAAGGAGUGUGGAUGAAGGCAGGUUACUGAAUGCACAUUUAAGGGUGUGAAAGGUACAACUGGCAAAAAAAAA